UAUAUGUACUAUACAAGUUUAACGGGAACCAAUUAAUAUAAAAGUGUGUUGAAAAAUUGUCUUUGAGUUUAUAAUUGAAUUUUAAAAUUUAUAAUUUCAAAAUUUUUUCUUAAAUUGUUGGCGCAAUCAAUCAAUCGGAAUGGGUUAUAGUAUAAAGCAAUAUGAAGAACAAUUUGCCAGCAAUUUCUUCAUACUCUGUAACUCAGUUGGUAAAACGUCCGCCUAAAAAAUGAAAAAAAAGUGUACAAAUCAAAUAAAAAAUAAAUUUUCACAAAAGAAAUCUUUUUUUCGUAAUUUUCUAAAAAAGAAUUCAGAAAAAAAAACGCGAAUUUUCAAAAGAAAAGUGUUAGACAAUUUUUUUUUAAUUUUAAUAAUAAAAAACAAAUAUUUAUUUUUGUAUGUAUAUAAAAAUUUAAGCAAGAGAAGUGAAAAUUUUGUGAUAAUUGAAAAAUAAAUCUUAAAAAUAUUGAAAAUUUUUUUUGCAAAAUAAAAAGAAUUUUUUUUUUUUGAAAUUUUAUAUUUUAUGGGAAAAUAUAUUUUAUGGUAAUUUUCUAAAAUAAGUGCUCAAAUUACUAGAUCACAGACAAGUAGCAUGCCGAAUUACAGGAAAAAGAAGCAACAUAAAAAGAAACGUCCGCAUAAUGAUAAUAACAACAAUAACGGAGUUAAUAAUAAUUCCAGAACAAAAUCACCUCUUUCACCUAAUCAAUCAAGUGAUGAUUCAGAUGAUGAAAUCCAACAGAUGAAUACAAAAAUAGUAGCAAAAUCUCAGCUGCCAUAUGAAAUAAAAUUCUCUGAUAUUAUGGGACGUUAUUUAGUAGCAUCAAGACAUCUUAAUCCUGGUGAAUUAAUAAUUCAAGAAGAGCCAUUAGCUGUUGGACCUUGUUCCGAUUCAGAUCCAGUUUGUUUAGGUUGUUAUCAUCCAAUUGAAUUUCCAUUUUUAGAUUCGCAAUUUAAGUGCCCCGGAUGUAGAUGGCCACUUUGCAGUGCAGAAUGUCCUGGAAUUUAUCACGAUAAUGGCCAUAAUAAAUUUGAAUGUAAGCUAUAUAAAGAAAAAAAUAUUGCUGAUCUCGUUUAUGCGUGUAAAGGAAAGGAUGUACGUUUUCUUUAUGAAGUAAUAUUACCAUUAAGAUGUUUAUUACUUAAAUUAUGGAAUGUUGAAAAAUGGAAAACUCUUCAAAAAAUGGAACAUCAUAAUGAUAUCCGAAAAAAAAUUCCGUCAUUAUGGAAUCGAAAUCAGGAAGUUAUUGUAAAUCAACUAAAACUUUCAUGGAAAAUUAAUGAUUUUACAGAAGAUGAAAUUCAUACAAUUUGUGGUGUUAUUGAAGUUAAUUGUUUUGAAAUUGGUCAGUUGGGAGCAAAAGCAAGAGCAACAUAUCCUUCAGCGUUUUUAUUAUCACAUGACUGUAAACCAAACACCACACAUACAGAUAAUCCACAAAAUUUUGCUUUAACAAUUCGUGUAACACAAUCUUUAAGCCGAGGUGAUCCAAUAACACUAAGUUACGCUUACACUUUUCAAGGCACAUUGAGAAGACGUGAACAUUUGCAAGAAGGGAAAUUCUUUUGGUGCUGCUGCGAUCGUUGUAAAGAUCCAACAGAAUUGGGAACAUAUGCAAGUGCUUUAAAAUGUCCGAAAUGUAAAAACGGUACUGUUUUGACAGAAAACCCACUAGAACAGCAUGCUGAUUGGAACUGUAACAAAUGCGAUUAUUCAGCAAGUGGAAAGUCAGUUAGUGCUAUGCUGGAAAAAUUAUUUAAAGAAUUAGAUAAACUAGAUCCACAUGACAUAUUAGCUUACGAAGAUUUUUUAAACAAAUAUUGUAAUGUUUUAACAAAGGAUCAUUAUUUAAAUGUAUCAGCAAAAUACUCAUUGUGUCAACUUUAUGGUAGAAGUGAAGGUUACUUAAUUCAUGAAAUGCCAAUGCAACUUCUUGAGAGAAAAGAACAAUAUUGUAGAGAUGUGUUAAGAAUUGUUGAUAUUUUAGAACCAGGGUUAUCAAGACUAAGAGGAGUAAUAAUGUAUGAGUUGCAUGCUCCAAUUAUGAUUCAAACGACGAAAAAAUUCGAAAUGAAGUUAAUUAAUACUGGAGAAUUAAGAAAGCGCUUGAAAAAAGUUAUUGAAUUACUUGAAGAAAGUUAUAAAAUUUUAUCGUUAGAACCUGAUGGUUCAAAUGAAUGGCAAAUGGCAUUAGCCGCGAAAGAUGCAUUAAAGAGAAUCGGAAAUGUUUAAUUAAUUGGGUAUUUCAUUAUAACGAAAAAGAGUUUUUUAUUUUUAUAAUUGAAUUCUAAUUUUCAAAUAAAGUUAUUUCUAAUAAGCAUUAA